GCCGUCACGCGCCUCAUCCUCGCCGGCGUCCUCGACCGCCACCCCGGCCUGCGCGUCCUCCUCGCACACUCCGGGGGCGCGCUCCCGCAGCUGUCCGCGCGCCUCGCGUCCUGCAUCGCCCACGACCCCGUCGUCGCCGCGCGCCUGCAGCACGACGCGCGCUUCUACCUCGGCAGGCUCUACUUCGACGCCGUCGCGUACGGCGCCGAGGAGCUCGCGUUCGUCGGCGACGUCCGCAGGCGGGGCAGCCGGCGCAUGCUGUUCGGGACGGACCACCCGUUCUUCCCGCCGCUCGGCGAGACGGAGAGAUGGAAGAGCGUGGUGGAGAACUUGGAGGCGAUUGAGGGCGUGCACGGCUGGGACGAGGCGGACAAGGACGGCGUAAGAGGGGGGAAUGCACUGGCGCUGUUCGGACUGUCCAAGUGA